AUGUCAGCAACAUCAGCCAUUGAGCUCCCGCAACGGGCUGCAUUUCAGCCGCAGAGGAAUAAUCUCAACACACUACAUGUACACCUAGAUAAUGUCUCCUCGUCUUCUUCUGCUGCUGCGUUGGAAGAGCAAAACGAGGCGGUAGAAGCGCCUCCAGGCGUGACAGUGACGACGGUGAAACAGCGAUGGAACGACCCGCCGCUAAACAAGUACAAAGUCGCCGCGACUUUUCUCAGUUUCGUGAUCGUCGGAGCCAACGAUGCUGCGUAUGGGGCAUUGAUACCAUGGCUACGAUCAUACUACAACCUCUCCACCAGCCUCGUCUCCGUAAUCUUCAUCACCCCGUUCGCCGGGUACACAUUGGCGACUGUAUCCGUGACCAAAAUCCACAUGGUGCUGGGCCAGCGCGGGAUAGCGAUUAUCGCGCCAUUAUGCCAUAUCAUCCCCUUCAUCGUCUUGUCCGUGAAACCGCCCUUCCCGGUGGUCAUAUGCGUAUACGCGAUCAUCGGGAUGGGGAAUGGGCUUGUUGAUGCGGCGUGGAGUGCGUGGAUAGGGGACAUGGUGAAUGCGAAUUCGAUUAUGGGGUGUUUGCAUGCCUCGUAUGGGGCGGGUGUGAGUGAUACUAAUGUGGGCAGUGCAACUGUGUCGCCUACGGUCGCUACGUCGAUGAUCGGCGCGGGUCUUGGGUGGUGGACGUUCUACUAUAUCAUGGCGGCCGUCUCGGUAUUAGAACUGCUCGGCUGCACAAGCAUGUUCUGGCGCGAAACAGGCGCAAAGUUCCGCGAAAACAACGCACGGAUCGAGACAGGUACCAACUCCGGAGCAAAAAAUAGCCGCACUGUCGAAGCCAUGAAGAAUAGGAUUGUAUGGACGCUCGCGCUGCUGCUGUUCAUCUACAUGGGCGUCGAAGUGGCUAUUGGCGGCUGGCUAGUGGAAUUCAUGCGGCAAGAACGCAACGGCGAGAAUCUCGAGUCUGGACUUGUCUCAACGGGGUUCUGGCUGGGCAUUACGCUCGGACGACUGGUGUUGGGGUUUGUCAACGACCGGCUGGGCGAGCGCGUCGCGCUGAUGAUUUACUUGGGUCUCGCGAUUGUCUUUGAGCUGCUGUUCUGGCUGAUUGCGCAGUUUGUCGUGUCGGCGGUGAUGGUCGCGCUGCUGGGGUUUUUCAUCGGGCCACUGUUCCCGGUGGCCAUGGUGGUGGCGGCGAAGCUGCUCCCGAAGCAUUUGCAUACUGCGGGUAUAGGGUUUGCAGCGGCGCUGGGAGGGGGAGGAGCUGCGGUAUUGCCGUUUUUGGCUGGGUUGAUUGCGCAGGCGAGAGGCGUGCAGAGCCUGCAGCCUUUUGCGUUGAGUUUGUUGGUAGUGUUGGCUGGGUUGUGGUUGGUGCUGCCUAGGAAGGCUGCCGAGCAUGAGGCGUGA